UACAAGCGUCGCGGGGGGAAGAAAAGAGCCAUUGGGAUUUUUUUUUCUCUCGUCAAGAUCGGGACUCACGAUCCGCUCUGGACUUUGUCUCUAGAGUUUCCCACAUGUUAAAGGAUUUCGUCUUGUAUUUCUGACAGACCGCAUAAGACUCGGAGGAAGAAUCAUGCCACUGCCAUCAGCGCGACGCGUUGUGGCUGCGUAUCUCACACUUUUUGGAUACUUUGGGGAUAUUUACGCGGGGACGGUUUUGAUGAACCCAAAUGCCAUUAAAAACUUGCCCGGCGGCGGCGGCGGCGCCAAACCUGCCGACACGGUCAGUCCGAGUCCGCGUACCUCGCCGCCCAGCGGCACGGGGCAAAAGUUACCCGUGGACACCUUGCAGUCAAGUGUUUGCGCAGAUGAUGACGAGUGCGGAGCAGAUGAGUUCUGCAACGACGUCCGGGGCGCAUGCCUGCCUUGCCGCAAGAGCCGGAAGCGAUGCGCAAGAGACUCUAUGUGCUGUGCAGGGAAUCGCUGUAGCAACGGGGUUUGCCAGACAAAUGAUAUGGAUGGCGCGGACACAGUCGCAGCCAGUGGUUGGCACAGACACAACAGCACAAUGGAGCUCCAUGGUAAAAGGCCUCCCCCUGCCAAUGGUCACCAGACCCAGUCUGUGAAAGGUCAGGAGGGGGAUAAUUGCUUAAGGUCUGUUGACUGUUCGGAUGGCCUGUGUUGUGCCCGACACUUUUGGUCUCGUAUCUGCAAGCCGGUGCUAACCGAAGGCCAGGUCUGCACGCGCCACCGCAGGAAAGGUGCCCAUGGCUUAGAGCUGUUCCAGCGCUGUGACUGUGGUGACGGCUUGGCCUGCCGACCUGAGAGAGGAGAGCGAGACCUCAGUGUCAGCAGGACUGGAGCCAGGAACCUACACACUUGUCAAAGACGCUGACGUUAAUGCGGACACACACACACACAGACACAUGUAUGCACACACACACACAUUCACAAAUACAAGUCAGUCACUGAGAGUGGCAAAAACAUUCAGUCUUACUUACAGCAGAACUGCUGACAACACACACACACACACACACACAAUAUUCUCUCCUGCCAAUGUAGCUGACACAAACACAGCAACCCGGAAGGAUAGACAUGAUUCCUGGGAAAACCAAUACACCCAGAGGGAUGCAGCAGUGCAAGAUGGACUGGUCAAGUUGGGGGGGGAACUGGAUCAUCCAGGAGGCGAGGAGACGGAAGUCAUGAGUUGACAUUUCACAGGUCUUUGGGAAGAUCGAUUCAUGUAAUUGAAAAUGGCAGAGCUGUAUUGUUUCUCUUUUUAUGGAACUUAAGGCCUCAAUUGUUGCAGUAAAUUACUGUAUUUGUAAAUACUAUCGUCGAGGUGGCACUUAAUUGAAAUAAUGAAUUCUGUCAACACCAGUAUUAUAAAGACAUGGUGCUGCAUGGUUCUUUUCCAGUAUUGUAAAUGUGUACACAAUAUAUUGUUAUAUACUAUGUAAAUGUCUAUAUUUUUAAUUUACAUGUAAAGAAAAUGUGAAUAUAUUUGUUUUAUUAAACAUGGCUCCG